UGCUAGCUACUCUUCAAGCCGCCACUCCAUCAUCAAACUCCGCUGUACUUCCCUUUCAUACCUUCCCUUAAUUCCCAUCAUCUAACUUUCAUCUCUCUCAAUUCUCAUUCUAUAUAAUCAAAUUCUCGAUCCCCCAAUGUAUAUCUCUUACACGCUUCUAUGGCCACCAUAACUGAAUCCACCGCUCUCUUUUCUCCUUCAUAUCUCCAGCCGCCGAUCACGUCAAGGCCUGCUAUUUCCGUCUCCUUCCGUCAAUUCCGUGGCUUGAAGGUCCAAUCUCCCCUAUAUCCCUCCGUUACUCCAAAAGUCUCGCGUCGUUCAUCGACGCCCGGCAUUGUGUCUCAAGCGCAAAACACCACCGCUCUUGAUAUUCCCACAGUGACCAAUACAACAUGGCAAUCUCUAGUUCUCAAAGCCGAUGGACCUGUACUGGUUGAGUUUUGGGCUCCUUGGUGUGGGCCAUGCCGCAUGAUCCAUCCAGUUGUAGGUGAACUAGCACAGGAGUAUGCUGGGAAGCUUAAGUGCUUCAGGUUAAGCACAGACGAUAGUCCUUCAAUUGCGACUCGAUAUGGAGUUCGGAGCGUCCCAACCAUGUUGAUUUUCUACAAAGGUGAGAAAAAAGACACGGUAAUUGGUGCUGUGCCGAAAACCACAUUGACUGCAAAGAUAGAGAAAUAUUUGUAAAGGUGUGUGUGGAAGGCCUUGAAAAAGUUAUGCACUGUAGUAUCUUUACAUGUUCUCUCUCCUGGGUUAUACAUGUUUAGCCUGUCAAAUUUGAAAGUUCUUCUAUCUUAUCUUUCAUUCUAUAUGGCACCCAUAUGAUCAUCAAUAAUAUAGCCUUGCCGAGGAUUUCUCGGCCCCAAAAGAUUUAUUUCGAUGGCCAACUUGUGCAACUUGAAUUCUCAGGUCUACUUGAGCUUGAAUUCUGACGAUGGAGACCCUGGUCCUG